GCCCGGGCAGGAGCUUUUAAUGCGCUUUGCAAAAAUAUAUAAUAUAUUUUUUGUUUCGUUUUCUCUUAGCGCUCUGCAAUUAACAGUUUGCAAAAUUAGCAAUGCUGUUUGUCAAAAGAGAAGUCUACCCGGCACUGGCGACGGGGUUUGGGCAGAGCGUUUGCUGCUGAAGGAGGGAGUUUCGUGCUGAAAACGCGAGCAGCAACUCACCUGAGCGCAGGUGUGCAAAAGGGAAGCUCUUUCAUCCCCUCCCUCCGGACUGCAAUGGGCCGAAAAAAGAUACAGAUUAGCCGAAUCUUGGACCAACGGAACCGGCAGGUCACGUUCACCAAGAGAAAGUUCGGGUUGAUGAAAAAGGCCUACGAACUGAGCGUCCUUUGUGACUGUGAGAUUGCCCUGAUCAUUUUCAACAGCACCAACCGGCUCUUCCAGUAUGCCAGCACUGACAUGGACAAGGUUCUCUUGAAGUACACCGAGUACAGCGAGCCCCACGAGAGCCGAACCAACUCAGAUAUUCUGGAGACUCUGAAACGAAAAGGCUUGGGUUUUGAAGGCGCAGAACUGGAUCUUGUAGAAGCUUUGGACCCAGCUGAGAAACUGAGGCAGCUGGAUGAAGGAAUGGACCUUAGAUUAGCCCGGCCAAAACUUAGCUCAGCCGCUUCCCUGUCUAGUCUGGAGGGGGCAUCCUUGGGAACACCCCCAUCUGGAGGUGAAGGUGGGGCAAGCAAUUCAGGUGAAUCUCCAGUUCAACAGAGCCGUCUGCAGCAGUUGAAGCCAACUCUUCCCAAGCCAGCCUUCCCUUCUGUGCGAUCCCCGGCAACCCUUGGACCAGGCAUCGGGUACUCGAUCUUCUCCCAUAGCAACCUCAGCCGUGUGUUGUCAAGCAAAACGCCUCCCCCGCUCUAUCUGGGAGCUGACUCCCGCCGGGUGGAAGGACAGUUUUCGGCAAGCAGGAACAAUCUAGCAUCCACAUACCCGUUGUAUCCUGGGCUUCAGAAUCUGAGUCCCGUAUUGCCCGCUGGAGGUCUACCUGGACGAGGGCUACCAGGAUACCCCUUCCUCUCCUCCACCCCAUCAGAAUAUACUUUGGGGGAAAGCGCCCCGCACCCCUUUGGCUUCCAAGGAAACACCACGGCGGCUUGGCAACACCGAGAAUAUCCAAUGCCGGGAACAGCAAGCCGGAUUUGUGACCAGGCUUCUGUAGUUCCCGCCUCCCCUUCCUUGCACACCCAAAUCAGUGUGAAGUCGGAGCGGGCCUCGCCCACAGCCAGCUGUUCCUCAGCUGUCCCCCAAAUCUCCACAUCUGUGCGUCCCAACCUCUGCAACGUCAAUGUCCCCAUGGACCUCCCUUCUCAGGAAGAUUACAUCAAGGGCUACCAUUACUCGUUCCUUCUGUCCCGGCCUCCAUCAGAAGAACCGAAGCAGCCCAACGUUCCCUCCCAUCGCCUGCCGGUGUCUGCCGCAGAGGAGUGGCAGAAGUAACCAGGAGGCUCAGCUUGUUCACCCGUGUGCUCAGCGGAGGUGGCUGAAUGUAGGCGUGCACGUACGGGCAAGAGUGAAUGGCAAUCGCGUGCGUUCACCUAUCAAUCAUAAUAGGGCCAAAGUAGGGAAACAACCAGGGGUGGGCUUCAAAAAGGUCAGCAAUGGGUUCUCGGCCUGGCUGCUGGGUGGGCGUCGCCAUGGUGGGCGUGGCCUAUUCG